UGAAAGAAGAAUACCAGUUAAAGAAACAUAUUAAAGAAACAUACAGAUCCAGGUAUUUUUGUGGGCAAUUUUUCUUCUAUAUUAUCCCUAUUUAUUCCCUUUUUUCACUGAAUUCGACCUCAUUAAAUGGAAUUAUAGUCCAUUCUCAUGGAUUUCCCUGAAUAUUGUAAGUAUGUUCUAUUUAUUUGUGUGGGUUUUUGACCUGCAAUGAAGAAAUGAAAUUAUAAUCCUUGUGGUUCAAAUCACCCCAUGGAUUUAUGUAUUUUUCAUGCUUUUUAAGGAUAAAUAGAGGCCUUUUCAGGCUAUGAUCAGGGAAUCAUUCAACUGUUAAGGAAAGCGGUGGUUUUAGCAUGGAUACUGAGGGGAUUUUCCUGUAACAAUUCAGAUAGUUAUUGAAUUUUGGAUUUCGACUGUUCUCAAGAGUCAAGGGUUCGUUAUGUAUUCUGCUGCUGUGUUUCUUGGGAAUCACUCGAUCCCACAGCGAGUGAUUGAUGAAAAACGCAUGUGGGUUCUCAGAGAGGUCUCAUUCCAUCCUCACAGCAGUUUCAGGCGCUUUAAUUGAGUAGGCAGAUUAAAAUUAGUGUUUUGGGCAUUUGGGUAUUAGAGUUUGUAUCGGUUUUUUGUGAUAAGGUUUUGGGUUUUUUCUCAGCGUGGAGAUUGAUAGGCAGCACUGUGAAUUGAAGUUGGUGGCAGAGUUUUUAAGGUUUAGGGUUAGACGGUUUCAGGUAUUGGGAUGGGGUUAUUGGUGUACUUGGUGUUCGGACUGGAUUUUGGAUAUUCAGGUUCUCUAAUUUGGUUUUGGGUUCUCAAAUUGAUCCUACUCUAAAUUAAUGAAGGUUCAUAGGGGAUUUUAUUGAUAGGGGAAAAAGUUGGCAUUUGUCCAAUCAGGCUUUCUAUUUAAUUUAUUCGAGUAACUUUUUGAGAUAAGAAAAUCAAAUAAGGAUUUCUACUCUGUGCAAUUGUAUGGGUCAUGCAAUUUGAGCAUUUCUGAUCUGGCAUCAGGGACUGAAAGGUAGCAGCUAUUUGAUGUUCUUGGAUUGAGCACUUGCUUUCAGGUUUUUGUUUACUGGAAGUGGGUUAUGGUUUAAGUUAUGAUUGUGGGGUUUGGAAUUUGUUCUGAUUGACUCUUUAAGAUAUCACAUUAAAGAUAUUUUGAUCAAGGUUAUUGGGUUCUGUAUUGAGAAAUUUGGUUUCUGGUCUUUGGCUAGGGUUCGAGAGAAUAGGAUCAAGGUUGUGUUUGGUCAUUGAGGAGUUGUAUCAAGGAGAGUUGGGGUUCUUGUAUUAUGAAAAGCUUCAAGUUCUCAGGAUCACAUUUUGGGUUUUGAGUUUUGGGUAGACAAAUUUUCAGCUUUUGAGUUUUGGGUAGACGAAUUUUCAGCUUUUGGGCUCUCAAGCUUUUUGGCUUUUGGGUUUUAGAAAUUAUAUUAAGGGGAGUGGGGAUCAGCCAUAAUUCACAGGUUAGCAAAUGAGAGGUUCAGAAUGAGUGGGUUUGGAAAGGUUUCUGGUCGAUGGAAUCCCCUGACAAGAGGCUCUCGGAGAUAGUAGACAUAGUGAGAUCAUGGAUCCCUCGAAGACCCGAGCCUCCACAUGUUUCUCGAGACUUUUGGAUGCCCGAUCGAAGUUGCAGGGUUUGUUACGAUUGUGACUCUCAAUUCACAAUCUUCAAUAGAAGGCACCAUUGUCGAACUUGCGGUCGUGUUUUUUGCGCAAAGUGCACCUCAAAUUCAAUCCCUUUAUCAGUCGAUGACCAGAGGAUCAACCGGGAAGAGAGGGAGAGACUUAGAGUUUGCAACUAUUGUUAUAAACAAUGGGAACAAGAGGUAGCUUCUUAUGAUAAUGGGAUCCGAUUGUCUAGUCCAGUUCUCAGUCCUUCUCCAUCAGCUACUAGUUUGGCGAGUUCUAAGUCUAGUAGUGGUAACAGUAGUAGCAGUAUUGGUUCAACACCUUAUUCAACUGGGCCCUAUCAACGUGUCAAUUAUAGCUCUGGGCUUGGUUUCAGUAUGUCUGCUGGAUCGGAACAGUGUUCAGAUAAGCUGCCCGAGAUGCUGACACCGAGGAGAGAUUCAAGCCCUGCCAAAGAAAUUAGAGACCCGAUGCCUGAUCAUUUUGGGUUUUGCAUGAACAGGAGCGAUGAAGAAGAAGAAGAAUAUGCUAAAAAUCAUUCGGACUCUGAAAGGAGGCAUUUUCAUCAGGCUGGUGAAUAUUUUGCCCAAGAUGAAUUCAUUGACAUUGAUCAUGAAUAUGCCCCAUUUACUCAUCAAAAUGAUCAAGACCAUGCAUCACGCAAACUUCAUCCCUCUGAUUAUAUCUUUUCCGAGCUCCAAGAAGAAGACCCUUUGGGAGAGGACCAAACCAUCAAUGUGAGUUCUAAAGAGAAUUUCAAUAAUAAAUCUUCAGGUUCUCCUAGGAACAUUAGGGCAAACUCACAAAAUCCUGUUGCACUUGAGAAGGAAGAGGGGGAGGUGCAUGAUACUGGAGAUGAAUGUGAUGCUGCUUCCUCCAUAUAUGGAAUGGAGACCAAGGAUUCAGAGCCUGUGGAUUUUGAGAAUAAUGGGUUAUUGUGGCUUCCUCCUGAACCAGAGGACAAAGAAGAUGAGAGAGAAGUUGGGCUAUUUGAUGAUGACGACGAUGAAGGUAACUCAGGGGAGUGGGGUUAUUUGCGUUCCUCAGGCAGUUUUGGGAGUGGAGAAUAUAGACAUAAGGAUCGUUCAAGUGAGGAGCACAGGAAGGCUAUGAAGAAUGUGGUGGAUGGGCAUUUUAGGGCUUUGGUGGCUCAGCUUUUACAAGGAGAAAGUCUGCCCAUUGGGGAAGAAGGGGACAAGGAGAGCUGGUUGGAGAUCAUUACUUCCUUGUCAUGGGAAGCUGCAACACUCCUUAAGCCAGACACAAGCAAGGGAGGGGGAAUGGAUCCAGGUGGAUACGUGAAGGUCAAAUGCAUUGCUUGUGGCCUUCGAAGUGAGAGCAUGGUGGUCAAAGGAGUGGUCUGUAAGAAGAAUGUUGCACACCGACGCAUGACGGCAAGAUUUGAGAAACCCCGAUUUUUACUCCUUGGUGGGGCUCUUGAGUAUCAUCGAGUUUCAAAUCAGCUGUCGAGUGUUGAUACAUUGUUACAGCAGGAAAUGGAUUAUUUGAAGAUGGCAGUUGCAAAAAUAGAUGCUCAUCAACCUAAUGUUCUUUUAGUCGAAAAAUCAGUUUCUCGCUUUGCCCAAGAAUAUUUGUUGGCCAAAGAUAUAUCACUGGUAUUGAACAUUAAGAAGCCACUCCAAGAGCGCAUAGCCAGGUGCACUGGUGCACAGAUUGUCCCUUCUAUUGAUCAUUUAUCAUCUCAGAAGUUGGGUCACUGUGAGGUGUUCCAUGUGGACAAGUUUAUUGAAGAGCAUGGCAGUGCUGGUCAGGCUGGGAAAAAAUUGCUAAAGACCUUGAUGUUUUUCGAAGGCUGCCCAAAGCCUUUGGGUUGCACUGUUCUGCUCAAGGGUGCUAAUGGUGAUGAAUUGAAGAAAAUCAAACAUGUUGUUCAGUAUGGAAUCUUUGCUGCAUACCACUUAGCCCUUGAGACUUCUUUCCUUGCAGAUGAGGGCGCCUCCCUUCCUGAGCUCCCCCUCAAGUCCCCAAUAACUGUUGCCUUGCCAGAUAAGCCCACCAAUGUAGACAGAUCGAUCUCUACAGUACCUGGUUUUAUGCUUCCUGGGCCAGGAACGCCACAAUCAGAUCAUGAAACAAGGAGGAGCCCUUGUAUUGAUCAAUCUUCGAAGUUUUCUCCUUAUCCAAAAAAUGGGUUUGAUGCCUCCUUUAAUGGGCCUAUUCAUAACUUCAAUAAUCAUUCUUACUCAAAUAUGCCUCAGAAGCACUUCCCUACAGAAAAUUUUCAGACCCAACAUCUUUCACAACCAGUCCCGAAGAGUCGGUUCUCUUCCUCAUCUGUGUCGGGUCAAUUGGUUUCCUGCAUGAAUGAUAACCUUUCCCAUUAUGACCCAUAUGGGGAAAAGGCUAACCUGGACUUUGAAGAACCUUCUGAUCAUGAAAGCCUUCCUAGCACAAAUCACCCUGUUCUUUCCAAUGGGCACAAGGAUUUUGAGGCUUUAGAUGGGUCGAUUAGGUCAAAUGAGAUGCAAUUGGAAGGAAAUAAGAUGGGAUCCUUGCAUCAGAGGAAUAGUUUUCCUAAUGAACAUGGGUCAUCGAAAGAAGAGUUUCCCCCUUCGCCUUCGGACCAUCAGAGCAUUCUGGUUUCUCUCUCAACAAGGUGUGUGUGGAAAGGGACUGUGUGUGAACGUGCCCAUCUUUUUCGCAUCAAGUAUUAUGGCAGUUUUGACAAGCCUGUGGGUCGGUUCUUGCGUGAUGACCUGUUUGACCAGGACUAUCGUUGUCCCUCCUGUGAUGCUCCAACUGAAGCUCAUGUGCAUUGUUAUACUCAUCGUCAAGGUAGCCUAACGAUCUCUGUUAAGAAGCUACCUGAGUUUCCUUUACCAGGAGAGAAAGAAGGCAAGAUUUGGAUGUGGCAUCGGUGCCUGAAGUGUCCUAGAACCAACGGAUUCCCUCCAGCCACAAGGAGAGUGGUGAUGUCUGAUGCUGCGUGGGGUUUGUCUUUCGGCAAGUUCUUGGAGCUCAGCUUUUCAAAUCAUGCAGCUGCAAGCAGGGUGGCUAGCUGUGGACAUUCCCUACAUAGAGACUGUCUUAGGUUUUAUGGGUUUGGAAGAAUGGUUGCUUGCUUUCGGUAUGCAUCAAUUGACGUCCAUAAUGUAUAUUUGCCACCUUCCAAACUGGAUUUUGACUACCAACAUCAGGAGUGGAUCAAGAAAGAAGCGGCUGAGGUAACUGACAGGGCAGAGCUUUUUUUCGCCGAAGUGUUUGACUCUUUGCGCCAAAUUGGAGAAAAAACUACAAGCUCCAGACCACUUUACUCCAAUGCUAAAGCUCCUGAAUCAAGGCGUCGAAUUGCAGAACUCGAAGGGAUGCUGCAGAAAGAGAAGGCAGAAUUUGAGGAAUCACUACAAAAAGCAAUUUCCAAGGAAUUUAACAAAGGGCAACCGGUUAUUGAUAUCCUUGAGUUGAAUCGACUUAGAAGGCAAUUGCUCUUUCAGUCCUAUGUAUGGGACCAUCGGUUGCUUUUCCUAGACCUCUCGUUAAAAAACAUGGCUGCUACUAGUUCAGAUCACAAAACCCGUGAAGAACUAAACAACCCGACGAAACCCAAAGCAACAACCAACUCAAUUGAAACUGUGUCUAUACACACUUCAGAGCCGAAGCAAAAUGAUAACUUAACUGGCUCUGAAUCCCCACGGUUGGGCAUAAAAUCAGAUGAAGCUCUUAAAGGGGGCUGGCAUUCAGAAGAAGACAUUCUAGGGCUCGGUGAUGACCCCAAACACAUUGAAGACCAUCAAGAAAACAAUUUGAACCCAGAUAAGAUACAUCAGAAAGAAAGUCAAUUUUGCCUUACCAAUAGUCUUAAUAUCACAGAUGAACUGAAUUUCCCCGAAGCUGGUAUUGGGGUUCGAAGGGUCCUCUCAGAGGGGCAUUUUCCAAUAUUGGCAAAUCUUUCGGACACUUUGGAUGCCGCUUGGACAGGUGAAGGUCACCCCCAACAAAGUUUAGCAUCUAUAGAGAGUGGACCAGUUGCUAAAGACCCAGCCCUUGUGGAUACGCCUGUUACUAUAUUGGAACCUUCAGUUGUGAAGGCUAAACCUGAGGAGGUUGCCCAACCUAUUGUUCAUGUCAAGGGGAAUGACCAUGGUGAGGAUUUUGCAAGCUGGUUUGGAGCUCCAUUCCUGAACUUCUAUCGUGCAUACAGCAAGAGCUCCUCUGGUGGGGCCCCCAGAUAUGAUGCCCUAGGCGACUAUAACCCCACUUAUGUCUCCUCUUUCCGAGAGCUUGAGCAUCAAGGUGGGGCUAGGCUUCUUCUACCAGUUGGCAUCAAUGACACUGUGGUGCCAGUUUAUGAUGAGGAGCCCACGAGUAUGAUAGCUUUUGCGUUGGUUUCACAAGAUUAUCAUUCUCAGAUUUCAGAGGAUAGAGAGAGGGGUAAGGAAAUAGGUGAUUACUCAAUUCCUUCAUCUCUCUCAGAUGUAUCUUCUCACCCAUUUCAGUCUUCAAUAGAUGACUCAGUGAGUUCUGACUCACUUAGAAGUUUUGGGUCUUUGGAUGAUGGUGUGUCAAUCAUCUCAGGAAGCCGGAACUCUCUAUCUCUAGACCCACUUAUUUUUACCAAAGCUCUGCAUGUUAGGGUUUCUUUCACCGAUGAGGGUCCAUUGGGGAAGGUAAAAUACUCAGUGACGUGUUAUUACGCAAAGAGGUUCGAUGCAUUAAGGAGGAAAUGUUGCCCAACGGAACUGGAUUUUAUAAGGUCUUUAAGUCGGUGUAAGAAAUGGGGAGCCCAAGGUGGAAAGAGCAAUGUGUUCUUUGCAAAAACCCUGGAUGAUAGGUUUAUCAUCAAACAAGUCACAAAGACAGAGCUGGAAUCAUUCAUUAAGUUUGCACCAGAGUAUUUUAAGUAUCUUUCGGAAUCCUUGAGUACGGGGAGUCCAACGUGCUUGGCAAAGAUCCUUGGGAUAUAUCAGGUGACCACAAAGCAUCUUAAAGGUGGAAAGGAAUCAAGGAUGGAUCUAAUGGUUAUGGAGAACCUUUUGUUUAGAAGAAAUGUAACAAGGCUUUAUGAUCUGAAAGGAUCUUCAAGGUCUCGUUACAAUCCAGAUUCGAGCGGAAGCAAUAAGGUUCUGUUGGAUCAGAACUUGAUUGAAGCCAUGCCUACAUCUCCUAUCUUUGUUGGGAACAAGGCAAAACGGCUGCUUGAGAGAGCUGUCUGGAACGAUACUGCUUUUCUUGCGUCAAUCGAUGUUAUGGACUACUCGCUGCUUGUGGGGGUGGACCAGGAGAAGCAUGAGCUGGUCCUUGGGAUCAUCGAUUUCAUGAGGCAAUACACAUGGGAUAAACACCUUGAGACAUGGGUCAAAGCUUCUGGUAUUCUUGGGGGCCCUAAAAAUGAGUCCCCUACUGUAAUCUCUCCAAAACAAUACAAGAAAAGGUUUAGAAAGGCCAUGUCUGCCUACUUCUUGAUGGUUCCCGAUCAGUGGUCCCCACCCACCAUUAUUCCCAGUGCUUCUCACUCUGAUCUUUGUGAGGAUGGGCCCCCCUCUCUCUCUUUAGAAUGAGGCUUCUUCUGUACAUUUCAACUGUAAGUUCCUUCAAAUCUACCCUCUAUAGUGUAUUCUUUUUUUUUUGGUUCCUUUUAUUGGGGGGCAGUCAUAUUCAUGGUCGUUGUUAGUUUUUUUGUUCAUAUUUGUUAAAGAUGCAUAACAAGGCCUUCUAAUGCCAUGAAAUUGUCUCGUCGAAGGUGAGCCAAGACGAGCUCUUGUGACGAUUCUGUACAAUAGUUUUCCAUGUACUGUUCGUGGUUUGAAGCUAGACAGCCCCCUAUGUGGAAGUCAUUAUUUUCAAUGUAUACAUGUAUUGUUGUUCUCCUGUUAUUUUUGGGGUAUAAUAUAUUCGAAUGUGGCGUCUUUUGUCUAAAUGUCAUUUAUUUUGACUUUGUAUGUGAUCCUUUUUACAAGAGGCAUAAUGAGAUGAAAUGGUUUCCUUGGUGCAUCA